AUGGAGAGCGAGACUUGCCAAGCUGCGGCAGCAGAGAUGGCAGACCAGACUCAAGACAUCACUGAAGAGUCCAGCGAAGUGCCUGUGACGCCGCCUAACCAAGCUGAUGACACGAAGCCCCAUUCCAGCCAGAUUCUCACACCCCCGUCAACUCAGAAGCGCAAACGUAGCAACAGCACGGCGCUCACUGAUGGAUUGCUGGAUGAACAUCCUCCAAAGCGCGAUACCCACUCCAAUCGAUUACAAGUCUCGACAGCGCGGCGAGUAUCAUUUUCAAAGCUAGUUGCUAACACCAUGACCACUCUCAGUCAUGGUGCCUUCUUACCAUUGGUCCCAGAUUAUACGCCCGGGAUGAUUGUCCAAGACUCUGCCUCGCCAACUUCGAAGGUGGAUCCCUGGGGACUUGCCGGCGCCGAUCUCCAAGCAUUCUUGAGCAAUGAAAGCGACCCGUAUUCUGCCAUGGCAUAUGGCGCAAUCUCUCAGUAUAUCGAGCUUCCUCCGAUGUCGUGGCUCAACAACUUCUUGAGCAUCAACAAUCUCAACGGGCAAGAACUCCUCACUCGCGUCCCCGUCGCACUGUUCUCCCUCAUCAACGCGCCCUCCCCAAUUGCGGCCAACAUGGACUUGCUGCCAAAUUUCUACUAUCUUGAGGGUCUGCUCUACUCAAUCAACCACUUCAGGCAAAAUAGCCGCGGCUACAAGGCCUGGUCCGCAGACAUGGUCAACAAGCUGAACUUUUUCUUGUCGGAUGCUGAUCGUGGGCAUCCUUAUGAUGGUUCUACAAUGACUAAUAUCGAUGGCCCAGUGAGCCGCAACGCUGUACUCCGUGCAAUUAGUGCCAAUCAGGUCCUCAAGCCAGGAAUGACAAAGGACGUAUACGUGCCGGGAGGCAAGUAUACGAUCAUUGCACUACCAGGAGGAAAGAUGGGGAUGGAGUGGAAGACCGAAAUAAGCAUUGUGAACCCCGAUGGUGAAGACGGAUGGAUGAUGUCGCAUUGCGUGAUCCAGGAGCCGGUGGCAUCUGGGCAGGUUGAUGAGCAGACGGCACUUGGGGACGUGGGUACAGAACGUUCGACAGUGGAAAAGGCAAUGACAGGACUUGUGGGAAACCCCUCCUUAGAAGCCACCCCAAUCCCUUUUGGCGACGCUCCUCUUGAAAACUUCUUUCCCAUCGACAACCAGGAUUCUUACGGCGCAGACGAUCUAGACUUCAACCAAUUCCUCACCGACUACCCACCCUUCGAACCAGCCCCGGCCUCAUCAAUCUCAACGUUAGCGCUGGGCCUAUCAAACGACAAAGAUGACACCGUUGGCGGGAUGCAAAUUGACAAUGCCCCCGCUGACCUUGCUGUGCGCCCAGAUCCAUCCCCUGGGCUUGACACCACCCCCACUCUACUCCCCAACGCGUCGAACGUAAUACAGAACGCUUCCAACGUUCAGAUCGGGGAACAUGGCGGAAACGAUAUUGCUGAUGAGCCGUUAAGUGGCGGAAGGGAAGACUUGGCGUCGCUGCCCUUGAAUCCGGACGUCUGGGAUGAAGCUGAGGAGACUUGA